UCGCCAAAAGAUCCAUUUGAGCCUGUGAAGAAAAAUCCUCUUCUGAGACAAGAAAUGGUACUGUGAAAAUGGCUACCACAGCCAAAUUUCUUCGUCCAAUUACGCAAUCUCUCGCUGCGAUAACCUCUUCUUAUCCCCCAAUCUCUCAUUCAAGAAAAUUCUUUUAUGCCAAAUUCGAACCUUUAAAGACGUUAAUAAAGGACCUUGAACCUGCUCUUCGCAACCCUGCCUCCUCGACAUUUCAGCGUAGUAGAUUAAUUACGCAAAGAAAGUAUUUCCGUUUUUCAGGGAGUAAACUAAGCAUUGGAAGCAUAUUUGUUGUGUCAGUUGUGCUCGGAUCAAAAACCGCUUGGCCUCAUGUUGCUUGUGCUAUGGAUUGUCAUGAUAUUUUGCUGGAUGAUCGCCAGUUGUUGGAUGCUUCAGAUGAGGAAGAAGAUCCAAAGGCCUUCUGGAUGUUUGCAAGGAAAUUGUGGCUACCUGUUUUUUUCUUUCUUACCGUGUUGACUAACUUGGAUCAUCCAAUUGCACUAAUUGCAAUUAAAAUUACUCUAUUACUACUCAGCACAAAUCCCAGUCCUCUCUCAGUCUAUGCAUUUGUUGAUCAGUUAUGUCAUCAAUCUAUGCGCCAAGAACCUCACUUAUACAAAAUAAAGUCAUUAUAUGCCAAAAGAGUUGAAGUCCAAGACUAUAAGCUUCUCUGCGUUGCUAGAGUCGAACUAAAAGAAGAAAUGAUCACUUUGGUUGGAAUUCUAGGUGGUUGGUGGCCUUUGCCGACGCUAUUUGGUCAGGGAGCGUUUUCUGUGAUUAGAAAUGGAGCUUUGAAGCAUUGAUGAGAAGACAACCCAAGAAGCAAAUUUAAUUCUAGUUUAAUUUAACUCCUCCACAGAUGUGAGAAUGCUUCAGGAGGGUAGUACCGUCCAACAAAAGCCAUGUCUUUUGUUUCUCUUGCCUUAUAUAUAUAUAUAUAUAUAUAUAUAUAGGACUAAAUACUAAUUGUAAUUUUCAUUUUAAAGAAAAUUAAUUAUUGGAUCAAAGGAAAGUCGGUCUUUUAUGACAUUUGAAAUUAUCUCUUAUAAGGCAUGUUUCUAACU